ACUCCCAUGACAAAGGCAUGUCAUCAACUAUUCCAAGUAAACAAGAACCCAUCAGAUGCUGACAUUGAACAAGCUUUUAAAUUACAAGUUCAAAUGAAUUGUUCUCAAAAGAUGCAGGAGCUUAUCAUUUCAAACGAAUGGGUCAAUUUAUGGAAUCAAUUUGCCAGUUCUGAGGAAGUUAGAUCUUGGAAAAAUUCGGAAAGAGUUGAAAAAGCAAGAUACGAUCUCUGGAAUAAAAUGGAUGAUAAUAAUCCAGAUUCACUAUUUAUCAUUAAGGCUAUUCAAAAAGCAUUUACUAAAGAAGAAUUGCAAAAUCAAGAUAACAUCAAAUUUGGUAUCACAGAAGUACUGAUGUUUUUAGAUCCGACUUAUGAUCAGCUUAAAUGCAAAGAACCUUUAGAAAAUGACAGAAUAGAAGAACUGUUAGAAGAUGAUAGAAUAGAAGAAUA